UCCCAGCGAGGCGGUGCGCAUGCGCCACAGAAAACUCCCAUUAUUAUUUUUUGUAAAGUGGGAAUGUGGAAUAAUAAUAAAAAAACAACAACAAAAAGUGUGAAUUUGGGGGAUUUACAUGGCUCGUGAUGGUUGUUGGAGUACGUCGUUGGAACGGAAGACGGCCUUAGAGAGGAGCGACGACGUGGCUAAAACUCAUCCAGUCCUUCUCAGCCCAGCUCUGUCGGACAUGAAGUGAGGACGGACACAUCUUCUGCACACUUUUGGAGGUGAAGCUUACACCAGCAGCAGCAUGUUCCUCAGACAGUCCAUACCCUAGCCCAAACCGGAGCCUGGCUUCCCAAAGAUGACAAGCUGCUGGCAGGCUGCAGCGACACAAUGAUGGGAGGCAGUGACACGGGCAGCGGGGACAAGGAGUGGGCGGGCACCGCUGCCAUCCACAUCCCCAUUGGCUGGCACAGGAGAGCAGAUGGCGGCCGGGUGGUCUACGUCAGUCCCAGUGGCACCACACUGUCCUCCCUGGAUGAGGUGAAGGCCUACCUGUUGACUGAUGGCACCUGUAAAUGUGGCCUGGAGUGUCCACUGGUCAUCCACAAGGUGUUCAACUUCUCGCUGGGAGUAAGGGUGGAGCAGCACAAGCAGCCGCUCGGCAGAGCGGAGCAGGACAUGACCAAACUGUGCAACCAUCGCAGGAAAGUGGUGGCGAUGGCCGCCCUGUGUCGCAGCAUGCAGGCGUCACAGCUGCCCUAUGCCCACCUUCAAAAGCCAGAGCUGAGCAGCGGAGUGGACAGUUGCAAUCCAAAGAGGGCUCUUGCUCAGCGUGAUGAAGAGGACAGGGGCACGUACCAUCCCAAGCUCCAUCCUGCGCCUGCUCGACCACACCCACACCCCUGCACCAGCCCCACGUCCUCCCACCACUUCAUGUACCCUUACAACGGUUCCUCGCCCGGUCCCCACACGGUCACCAACUCCCACCAUCCCCUGGAUGCUUUGCAAAGGCUUCACCAUCCUCCUCUUCCUGUGACCCUGCCCCCCGCCGCAUCCACCAGCCCCUCCUUCCCCACCGCCCAAAGGUCCCCCCGCACUCCCACUCCUCAAGGUCAAAGAACACCCAACACCCCUGUUUCCCCUCGGCUAAGGCCCCUAGCGUCACCUCCUUCCUCUUCCCCUAAUAGCUUCGUAGUAGGAGGAAGAGUAGGCCAGGCCUCGGGUCACCACCCUCCUCUCUCCAACUCGCCCUCAACCCACCACAUGAAUUGUGUGUCGCCCCAUCGGCGGUCCCGCCACCCUUCGGCCUCUCCCUCCCCCGUCUCCGAGCAGAGUGGAGGCUCCAGUGCGGCAGCAGAAGCACUGAUAGGAAGUCAUUUACCACAGCGGAGGAGGUCCUGCUCCUCCUCGCCGCGCUCCCCUCUCCCGUGCGGCUCCCCGAAUCCCAGUCCUCACCUCUCUAAGUUCAAGCUGGAGGACAUCUUGGAGCAGCUGAAGAACUCCGGCAACAAUAGCACUAACAACCCCCAGCUCCCUUGGAACCCCAACCAAAGCAGUAGCAGCCCUCACGCGUCCCCUCUGAAGGCCUCAAAGAGCACAGCCAGUCCCAGCACAGGACCGCAAGGUUCUGGCUUGACAUUGGUGACCAACCACAGCCACCAGGGGAAGCUGCUGCCCACGACCACGUCUUUUCCUGCCAGCAGUCUACUCUCGGCAGCUGCCAAGGCUCAGCUGGCGAGCCAGGUGACCCCGGGCCAGGAGUCUUUGACAGAGGCAACAAACAGCACUUUACAGAACAUCCAUCUUGCCGCUGCCACCAGGCCUCACUAUCCCUCUUCCCUUCUCUUCCCAUCGUCCCACUCCCUGGCCCAGUCCCUGGCUUCCACCUUGCCCCGCCUGCCUCCCAAAGCCGAGCGCAACGCGUCGCACAGGAAGAGGCAGCGGCGGUCUCCCGGCGUGCUCAGCAUAAUCCGAGACCCCCAGCCAAGGAAGACCCCGCCAGGAGACUGUGUCCCAGCUACUGCCAUCAACCUGUCCUCGUCGGCUUUCCCACACUUUUCCUCUACCUCAGAGAGGGUUGUGUCCGAGCCCCGGCAUCCCACACCCAAGCUCCCGACUCCCAGACCCACGGGGCAGCUUUCCCCGCCUUCUCCUGGACGGGGAGAGGCUAUGGACGUAACUACAGGCCCGGUGCCGACCCACUUCGCUUUGGAUCCUCCGACGCAACCCCUUUCUGCUCUCUUACACCUGCUCAGUGUGCAGAACGCUCAGGCCUUGGCUUCUCACCCUGUAGAAGGGGGCGGUCACACUAAGUCUCCUCUCAACCCUCAUUUCUGUGCCAGAACCAACAACACUAACACCGCGCCCAUGGUUCUGGAGGGGCUUUCUCCCCCUCGCACCUCCGCUCAUUUCAGAUCAGUGCAGUCACAAUAUCCAUCUGUCAAGUCCGCUUCUCUACAAAGACAUUCCCCUACGUCAAAUUCAGCUUUACACAACAGCAGCAGCCCGUCUA